CCAGCCCUGAUACGGUGACGUUUUCCUGGUUAGCGAAAUCUAGGAGAAUCAAUAUUUCCAUUUUCCCCUUCAGUACUUCAAAUUGAACUCUCUUUCACCCCUCCUCUCUCUCUCUCCCUCUCUAUCAUUCUCUCUUAUAGGAGUUGUGGUAGUGCCAUGGAUGACCUUCCUUUACAGAAGGUGGCAAUAUCGGGUCCCACAUUAGCCUCCAUGAUACAGCGCUUCUCCUCCUCUCUCGGCGACGUGGACGGUCUCCUCUUCGGCCACGUCAACCACAUCACUCCCUCCACUCUCUCCGAUGACUCUCCUCAAACUCACUCCGAUUCCGGUUCCCUUCAACUCGUCGCCACUAUCACUUCCUUCCUUUGCCCUAGCUUCCCUCUCUCCUUCUACGACUCACUCGGCCGGGUGGAUUCGUAUUCCCUCCUCCGAUUACUCUCCGCUCAAUCUCACAACCAUUUUAUCGGCUGGUUCUCCGGCCGCCGUAGAACCCCUAUCCGCCCUUCAAUGCGCGAAUUUUCAGUGUCGCGCUGUCUCUCAACAAAUUCUCAAUUCUCUUUCCCUAUCAAAAACUCAGAAAGUCCUAUAAACCUUACUCCUUGUGUUUUUCUUUUACUUGCUACUCCUUUACAAGACCAAUUAAUUCACACGCACGAUUACCGGGCUUACCAGUUCCGUGUGUCGACGCUGUCGUUUGAUCCCAAACCCAUUGAUAUUGUGAAUAUAGGACCGGCGUUCCGGGGGCAUUAUGAAUCAUUCAGCCCUAAUUCGCCAUUGCCGAUGUUGAAUUGUGAGACGAGUAGCUUAUCGGCUAUGAAUGAGGAUAAGGAUGAGGACAGUUUAAGUGAAUUAAAGCACGUUUCUAAGGAUCAGAAAGAACUUGAUAAGUGUGCAGAGGGUUUUGCAGUUUCGAGUUUGAGCCGGUUGAUGGGAUCGGAGGCUUCCAAUUAUACUGCUGGUUUGGAGAAUUUGUAUGAGAAGAUGUUGGCUAAGAUUGAUAGCUUGGCCAGGAAAGUGGAGAAUAGCAACGCUAAGGUUCUUGAACAGGAAAAUAUCAAUAGGAAGUUGCGGCAGAAAGUUGCCCGGACUGGACUAGAGUAACUAAUAUGGCUGCUGAUCAUAUUUUUCUAAGUUGCUUCAGGGAUGCACCUCAUCUUGUUGUUGACAUGUUGAAGAUCCAGUAUUCAAGGAAUUUCUCUUCGAUGAUUCUUGUAGUUGGAUAUUCAUGGCUACUUUUGAGCUGAAGAUAGGUGAUUAUCCUUGAACUCGCGUGCUGAUGAUACAAAAUGCUAUCAGGGGCUUCUAGGUGGCUUUUUAAAGUGGCUUGCAGAUUACCCCCGAAUGGGGGUUACUAUGCACAAUUUAUUUGCUGCAUUUGGUCUUGAAAUUUCUCCAUAUAUAUAUAUAUAUAUAAGAGGCUUAAUGUGGUUUAGAAGGCUGUGAGGGAAAUGAAAAGAAAAUGGGAAUAUUGGUAUUUUGGUCUGUUUGUGUUUUUGAACUGAUGUGGUAUCUUCUGAAUUGCUAGUAGCUCAAAUGGAACCUCUCCAGCUGAUAGAUAGUAGAGCUUGGAAUCGAAUUUGAUUGCUGAUUAGGUAGGUGAUCUAACUCUAAGCCAUUUGCUCUGCUAAACUCUGGAGUUUUCUAGUAAACUAUGGAUCCGUUUGGAGUUGUCAUUGCGUAUUUACAAAAAUAGAGCCGCGAAUGUUAAUA